AUGACCCUUAUUCCCACCACGGACUCGUUUUCGAAAACGGCACGGCCAAUCCCAGUGCCUGUUGACUCCAAGAACGUUGGAAAGCGGCCCAACUUUAUCAUGUUCAUGCUGGACCAGCUGCGCCAUGAUGCACUGGGCUGUACACAGGACAGCACUGGCACGGGCACAAAGCCGUCGCCGAUCCCGACGCGCAACAUUGGCUCUUUCCGACGACGCGGCACUCUGUUUACAGAGUGUUACGUGCAAGCAUCGGUGUGCGCCCAGUCGCUCUGCAGCAAGUUCACCGGCACAUACCCACACAUCAGCUGCCACCGCAGCCUGAACAACCUCACCAAGCCGUGGGAACCAAACGUCUUGCGGAGUUUGAAAGAGAACGGCUACCACGUCGCAUGUCUAGCGCCUCAAGGCGACACGUUUGCCUCCACCGUCACAGAAAUGAGCCUCAAUAAGUACGGCUUCCUCGAGACGCCUGACUGUCUACCCGGUUUCGCCGAGCCAGGUAACAAUUCCCAGCCUGAUGCAGAUGACAUCUGGGGUCGUCUCUCUACAAGGGACUGCGACCGCCCGAGCAGGCAUCCGACUAUGAUGAUGCGUGACAAACCGCGAGUGUUAUUCCGGCCGCUGUUGUUCCCGCACUGUCCCUUCCAGGUCGAGGAGCCGUACUUCAGUAAGUACGAUCGCGAGUCCGUCGGGAGUGUCGUUUCGACGCCAGAGGCAAAGACGGGCUAUGAGCCGCGCUACAUGCAGACAAUCCGUGAGCGAUAUGGCACAGCGCGGGCAACGGAUGCCAUGUGGCGCGAGAUCAAGGCGACCUAUUAUGGCAUGAUUGCGCGCCUUGACGACCAGUUUGGCAGGCUGGUCAAGGCCCUGGACGAUCUAUGCAUCUGGAAAGACACAGUUACUUUAUUCUUCACAGACCAUGGCGAGUACUUGGGCGACCACGGCUUGAUUGAGAAGUGA